GCUUCAACAACUUGAGCAGGCUGAUAUCAAGUUCACAUUGACUGCUGUCACUGUGAAGAGUGAAGAAGAUGAAGAGAAACCUCAGUUGUCACAGCUUCAUCAGAGUCAGACUGAGGAGAACAGAGCGAAUUGUGGAGGACCAGUACCAGCCAGGAUCUCAGGUCCUGAUGGACUGUUACAACCAGGUUCUGAGGACAAGACUGUAGACAGUGAAGAUGAUUGGAUGCAGACCAGGGAACCUCAGUCUGGUUUAAAUACAAAAAGUAACAAACAGUCUCAAAGUGAUAAGAAAUGUAUAACUGCUAAGAAAGCAUUUAGUUGCUCUGAGUGUGGUAAAACAUUUAGACAAAAGGGGGAUCUAACUGUACAUAUGAGGAUUCAUACAGGAGAGAAACCAUUUAGUUGCUUUGAGUGUGGUAAAAUAUUUAGAAGAAAGUGCCAUCUAACUUUACAUAUGAGGAUUCAUACAGGAGAGAAAGCAUUUAGUUGCUCUGAGUGUGGUCAAACAUUUAGACAAAAGGGGUCUCUAACUUCACAUAUGAGGAUUCAUACAGGAGAGAAAGCAUUUAGUUGCUCUGAGUGUGGUCAAACAUUUAGACAAAAGGGGUCUCUAACUUCACAUAUGAGGAUUCAUACAGGAGAGAAACCAUUUAGUUGCUCUGAGUGUGGUAAAACAUUUAGCCGAAAGCUCAGUCUAACUGAACAUUUGAAGAUUCAUACAGGAGAGAAAUCAUUUACUUGCUCUGUGUGUGGUAAAAGAUUUGCCCACACUGGUUCUCUAACUUUACAUCUGAGGAUUCAUACAGGAGAGAAACAAUUUAGUUGCUCUGAGUGUGGCAAAACAUUUAGACAAAGGAGCCAUUUAACUAGACAUAUGAAGAUUCAUACAGGAGAGAAACCAUUUACUUGCUCUGAGUGUGGUAAAAGAUUUAGACAAAAGAGCCAUUUAACUGGACAUAUGAAGAUUCAUACAGGAGAGAAAUCAUUUACUUGCUCCUAGCGUGGGAAAUAUUUAGAUUAAUAGGUAAUCUAACUGCACAUGACCAGUCAAACAGGAGAGAAUGAAUUUACCUGCUCUGUGUGCUUAAAGAUUGAAGUUGCAUCGUUUGUAACAAACAUUUCUUUCAGAUUAGUCAGCAACUACUAAUAUUGUACAUAUUAAUAGGUCAUUAUUAUACACAUUAAUAGAGAAAUUUGAAUCCCCUUUAACCUGUCUUUAAAUGUUUUC